AAACCACCGCAUCAGUACAGCCGAGCACACUCAUAUACAACACGCUUCCAUUUCCAUUUUGCAAUUCACAUUCACAUUCCUCUCUAAUCUUAUCAUUCAUCCCAACCUUUCGCUACCUUCUACCCCCCCCCCCGCCUCCCCGUCUACCCCACCCACUCACUCACCUUUGUCCUUUCUUCCUUCUUCUCCACCGUCGGUCUAUCGGCCUUGCCGUUGUUUCUUCAAUACCGGAAAGUUAUUUGUCAGUUGUUCUUCUUCUUGUUGUUCAAGAUUCCGUAUACCCUUUUUCCUACUGUUUCUUCUUGUUGAGCUAAAUUCUCGGUUAAGAAUCUAGAUGCUUCUUGUUUCUUCAUUUCUCCAGUAAUUCAUGAGUCAACGCUGAGAUUUAGGUGGUGGGGAUGUGGCUUGCUGUUAAUUGGUAUCAUGAUUGUCUCUUUCUACUCUUUCUCGAUUAUUGGGGCCGUACAGAAGCUGAUUAGUGCUCAUCUCUCUUCUUUUUCUCUUUUCACAUCGUAAACACGCGCGAGCAAACGCAAAGGAGUUAAAUGGAAGCGACUGUAGGAGAGCGUUUUUACCAUAUGGGAGGAACGGAUCUGCGGGGAUUGGGUAAGAGGAGCUUGGAGUGGGAUCUGACGGAUUGGAAAUGGGAUGGAGAUCUUUUUAUUGCGACCCCUCUUCAGCAAAACCCAUCUAAUUACCAGAGCAGACAGUUUUUCCCUGUUCAAACUGGAAAUCUGGCUUCAUCAAACAGUUCAUCUUCUUGUUCAGAUGAAGUAAAUCAUGGGAUGGAGCAACAGAGGAGGGAAUUGGAGAAAAGGAGGAGGGUUAUUGUAGUUGAUGAAGACGAUUCUGGGCCUCUUUCGCUGAAGCUUGGUGGACAAGGUGAGCCAGCUGCCGACGCCGGUAGGGAACUAAGUAACUGGGAUGGAGCCGCCGGAAAAAGGACUAAAUUAGCUGCACCUGCUGCUACCAGAGCUGUAUGUCAGGUUGACGAUUGUGGAACAGAUCUCAGUAAGGCUAAAGACUACCAUAGGCGGCAUAAGGUUUGUGAGAUGCACUCCAAGGCUAGUAGGGCACUCGUUGGGAAUGUUAUGCAGCGUUUCUGCCAGCAGUGCAGCAGGUUUCAUGCUCUUCAAGAGUUUGAUGAAGGAAAACGAAGUUGUCGUAGACGUCUAGCCGGACAUAAUAAAAGGAGGAGAAAGACACAAUCAGAAUCUGUAGCUAACAAUAAUUCGUUGAACGAUGGCCAGGCUAGCGGUUAUUCCUUGAUGAGCCUGCUAAAGAUACUCUCCAACAUGCACUCAAACGGAGCAAACCAAGCUGAAGAUCAGGACCUUUUGUCUCAUCUACUAAGAAGCCUUGCCAGCCAGGGUCCCACAAAUGGGGAUAAAAGCUUAUCUGGACUUCUGCAAGAAUCUUCAAACUUGCUAAACAAUAAGUCUAUCCUUCGAAAUCCGGAAAUAGCUUCCUUGAUCUCAAAUGGUUCACAGGCACCUCCUAGACCCAAAGAACAUCAGUUCACUAAUUCGGCAGCUGAGAUGCCCCAGAAAAGGUUAGAUGUGCAUGAUGUCAGGCUAGAAGAUGCGCGGACAGCCUCUUCUCAAAGUCCAGGCAUUUUGUUUCCCAUUCAAAGCAAUUCUCAAGCUUACACACCGGGCAGGGAAAGUACCACUGGCAGGAGCAAGUUGAUUGACUUCGAUUUGAAUGAUGCGUAUGUUGAUUCAGAUGAUUGUGGAGACGAUAUAGAUAGAUCCCCUGUGCCUGAGUGCCCAUCUUGGUUACAACAGGGCUCUCACCAGUCAAGUCCACCUCAAACAAGUGGAAAUUCCGAUUCUGCUUCUGCCCAGUCACCUUCCAGUUCCAGUGGUGACAAUCAGAACCGCACAGAUCGGAUUGUUUUUAAACUAUUUGGAAAAGCUCCUAGUGAUUUUCCAUUUGUAGUACGAGCUCAGAUUCUUGACUGGUUAUCUCACAGUCCAACAGAGAUUGAGAGCUACAUUAGACCUGGUUGUGUUGUAUUGACAAUAUAUCUGCGGCUUCCAGAGUCUGCAUGGGAGGAGCUUUCUUAUGAUCUGAGCUCCAGUUUGAGUAGGCUUUUGGAUGUUCCUGGAAGCGAUAGCUUCUGGACAAAAGGAUGGAUUUACAUUAGGGUGCAGAACCAAAUUGCAUUUGUGUGUGAUGGGCAGGUUCUGUUGGAUAUGUCCUUGCCUUGUGUUAGUAAUGACGACAGUACACUAUUAAGUGUAAGACCCAUAGCUGUGCCGGCAUCUGACAGAGUUCAAUUUUUAGUCAAAGGCUAUAAUUUAACUAAGCCAUCCACAAGAUUACUUUGUGCUUUAGAAGGUAACUACCUGGAUCCAGAAGCUGAUAAUGAGGUAGAAGAACAUGUUGAUAGUGCUGACAAGGAUGAUAAGCUCCAAUCCCUGAAUUUCACAUGUUCUGUUCCAGCAGUCACUGGAAGAGGAUUUAUUGAGGUUGAAGAUCAUGGAGUCAGCAAUAGUUUCUUCCCAUUCAUAAUUGCAGAGGAGGAUGUUUGCUCUGAAAUUCGUAUGCUUGAGAGUGAUCUAGAGUUGACUUCUUCAGAUUAUGUCAAGGGGCAGACAAAUAAUAUUGAAGCAAGAAAUCAAGCCAUGGAUUUUAUUCAUGAACUUGGUUGGCUGCUUCAUAGAAAUAAUUUGAGGGCUAGAUUAGAGCAUUUUGGUCCUAAUGCCGUUCUCCAUCCUUUGAAGCGGUUCAAGUGGCUUGUGGAGUUCUCCGUAGACCAUGAGUGGUGUGCAGUAGUUAAGAAACUAUUGAACGUUCUUCUUGAUGGAACUGUGGGUGGAGAUGGUUCUUCCUUGAAAUAUGCUCUCGCUGAGAUUGGUCUUCUGCAUAGAGCUGUGCGUAGGAAUUCUAGGCCUUUGGUGGAAUUGCUAUUAACGUAUACCCCCGCAAAUGUAGCAGAUGAACUAUGUUCUGAAUACCAAUCUCUGAUUGGGGUCGGUGGGGAGUUCUUGUUUAGACCCGACUCUGUAGGGCCUGCAGGUUUGACACCUCUUCAUGUUGCAGCUUGCAUAGAUGGAUAUGAAGAUGUGCUAGAUGCAUUGACAAAUGAUCCUGGCAAGGUGGCAAUUGAAGCGUGGAAGAACACUCGUGAUAGCACAGGUUUCACACCAGAAGAUUAUGCACGCUUGCGAGGACAUUAUUCCUACAUUCACCUGGUGCAGAGGAAAAUUAGUAAGAAAGCAACCAGCGGACAUAUAGUGGUUGAUAUUCCUUGUGUUCCAUCUGUUGUUGAGAACAGCAACCAGAAAGAUGAAGUGUGCGCAACCACCAGCUUAGAGAUAUCAAUGACUCAGAGAAAACCCAUUCCUCGGCCCUGCAGGCUAUGUGAUAGGAAGCUGGCUUAUGGAAGUCGGAGUCGAUCCCUACUGUACAGGCCUGCAAUGUUCUCGAUGGUAGCUAUGGCUGCUGUAUGUGUUUGUGUUGCUCUCCUCUUCAGGGGCUCGCCGGAAGUUCUGUACAUUUUCCGUCCAUUUAGGUGGGAAAUGGUGGACUUUGGAACAAGCUGAUUUUACCACCCCCAAUAAAUGUGAUAAAAAGUAUAUUAGUUACUUGUACCAGUAUUUUCGUCUAUAUAAAAGAAAGACUAGGGCCUGAGAUGCUGUAGGAAUAGCCCUUCAGACAGUUCAGUAGUUAUACCAACUUGUUAACAUAUUUAUUUUGUUUGAUAAAAAUGUAUCUUUCCAUUGGGACCUAGUAACUAGGUCUAA